AUGGACUACUUCAAUCGUCGCCGUGCGAGCACGGUAAACCAUGUGGACCACCAAAAUGGCCAGCCUCAGCAGACUGGCGCUCGCUAUCUCCCGGGCGCGCCUUCAUUCGAGAGCCUUAGAGCUCCUUCAAACAUCCGUAUUCGCAGACUGCCAUCAAGCACGGCGAUAGCGCAGUCACGUUCCAAUACAGGAGAGCAACCCGGCCGCGCGGAAGAAGACUGGACCGCCAACAGACGACGGAGCUCCUCAGCACCACAGCGCCCCAACGUGGAUGCUCUGAUGGGAUCCGACCUUUCAAAGCAAAGGACGCUCGACGGAGCUUCACACAUGCCUGCGAUCACAGAAGGAGAGCAGACAACGCCAGGCACAAUGCAUCCAGGCUUCGCUGAUGGCAGUGGUAACACUGGCCCUACUACUCCGGGUGUUAAUGCCCAAGACAUGGCCAGACAGAGCCCUGAGCGAGCUGACAAUGGCGCACACGCAAUGCACAGCGCUCAGAGGAGAGGCUUUGGACUGGGACGCCUCAGGAGCAGCACUGGGUCUACUUUCAGAAAUGAUACCAGGCCGAGUUCUCGUGCGCAGGAUUAUGAAUACGACUCCGAUGUGAUUGACCUAUUGGACCUCGUGGAUCCGGAGGUGCGAACAAUAGGUACUCUAACCAAUCUGCAGAAUUCACUGUUCGUUCCGGAUCUUGGUGGGCUCGUGAACCGGCGGCCGACCUACAAUCUGACACGUGAUCCAACAAGAACAUGGAAUCAAGGUGAUCUACAGCGGAUAGCACGUUCUAGGGCUGGCACACGGACUACCCGUCCAGAUACAGCUGCAACAAAACCCCGUAGUGGGGAACCAAGCCCACCACUCGACGAAGACGAAAUCGAGAUGCAGCCGCCUCGCAGAACAAUAUCGAUAUCUUCGGAAUUGAGCGAUUCGCACUAUGCCGUCCUGCCCCAUGGAGUCAGUCUGGAAGGCUGGAGUGAUGAGGAUGUCCUCGAGCUUAAUGACCACGUCCGGCAUCUCCUCCACUCCAAGCGCGAAGGCUUCAAGCGCUCCAUGAGAGGCUUCAAGCAAUAUGUCAGCAAGCCUUUGGGUCUUUUCGUGACGGUCUACGCAGUCCUUGUUACACUAUUCGGUGCGGCUUGGGUAUUUGCACUAAUCGGGUGGAUCUACGUCGGCUCCAAGCAGGAGUAUAUCAUCAACGUCAUUGACCUGGUUCUGGUGGCCCUAUUUGCCCUGAUGGGAGACGGGUUGGCCCCAUUCCGUGCAGUCGAUACAUACCAUAUGUGCUUCAUCGCACAUUAUCAUCACCUCACCUGGAGACUGCGGAAAGAGAAGCAGCUGCCGCAGCUUGUCGACCAAAAUGACUUGCCGGAUCGAAGAAGGAGCGCGACAGAUGCGGAGCUUGAUGAUGCCAUUGAUAAGGAAGAAAUGGCAGAAUUCUCCGUCUUGACGCUCAGGCAACAGAAGAGAUUACAGUAUCACCAGGCCAAGUUCAACAAGAGCCACACCUUCUACAAACCGCACGAAACGGCGACACAUCAUGCUUUUCCCAUUCGCCUCCUGGUGGCAGUGGUCGUGCUGCUCGAUUGUCACAGCCUUUUGCAGGUUGCGCUCGGAACGUGUACAUGGUCCAUCGACUAUCGGGUCCGACCUGAGGCACUAACGGCAACGAUCCUUUCCUGCUCCAUUACCUGCAACAUCAUGGCAGGUGUCUUAAUUAGCAUCGGCGACCACAAAACACGCAAGAAGGAUAUUUUGGAGCGAAUUUUCCGGCAAGGAUUGACGGAACAGGCUCUCAAGCGCAUGGCGAAAACCCAGGAAAGAGGCAAGCUCUCCCUCGCCGUUGACAGGACCCAGGUUGAAAGCGCAGACUUGCUCGAGGCCGCGCAGAACGCUGGACUCGCGAGCAAUGGGGAGAAGUCCAGGCCCCAAACGGCGGCUAAGUCGGAAGCACGUUCUUCGCCUUCUGAUAGUUGA